UUUUUAUUUUUUGGGUUCAGUCUCCCUCUCAAACGCUGGCUGCCAACAAUUUCUUCCACUUUUUGCCUGAUGUUUACAUUUUCAAGGGAAAGAUUGACAAGAAUUUGCACCCACUUCAAUUCUUCGUUGAAACUCUGUAUUCCCACAGCCACAAAGUGAAUAAGUUGGCCUUAAAGAGCAGGAACAACCCGAGGCUCACUCAGGGAGUUGCACUCAUUUAAACAAAUCUGGCUGAAGUUGCAAAACUCUGAUCGGAGGUUUACAUUUUCAAACAAAAGAAAUGCAAGUUCAAAGACUUUCACUCCCAAGUUACACCCUCAGUCCACCCAAUGUCUCACUAUCACAGCAACUUUCCACCAAGCUUUUGAGGUUGAAUCCAAGUUCCAAAUCGGGUUUUUGCAGUUCCCUCAAAAGGGUGUCGAAAUCACCAACUGGUUUAAGAACCCAUGGUAAGUUUGUUGCGGUCACGUGUGGAGUGGCACAAGAAGAGGAUACAGAUGAUGGGUUCUAUAUGAGGAGGUGUGUGGAGCUUGCAAGAACGGCUAUCGGGUGCACCAGCCCCAAUCCUAUGGUGGGUUGUGUUAUUGUCAAGGAUGGCAAGGUUGUUGGUGAAGGCUUUCACCCAAAAGCUGGCCAGCCGCAUGCUGAGGUCUUUGCUCUGAGAGAUGCUGGGGAUUUGGCUGAGAAUGCAACAGCAUAUGUGAGCUUGGAACCAUGUAAUCAUUAUGGGAGAACUCCACCAUGCAGUGAAGCACUAAUCAAAGCCAAAGUGAAAAGAGUGGUGGUCGGAAUGGUAGAUCCGAAUCCAAUUGUAGCAUCAAGGGGAUUGGAUAGAUUAAGAGAUGCAGGAAUUGAUGUUGCUACAUGCGUAGAGGAAGAAUUGUGCAAGAGGCUAAAUGAGGCGUAUAUCCAUAGUAUGCUAACGGGGAAUCCUUUCGUCACUAUCAGAUACUCAAUCUCAGUCAAUGGACGCUUUCUGGAUCAGCUUGGGGAAGGAGCUGCCAAGUCUGGUGGUUACUAUUCGCAAUUGUUACAGGAAUAUGAUGCAGUUAUUCUUUCUCCUUCCUCAAUAAUGGAGAACGUCUCUAUUCCCGCAUCCAAGAAGCGAGCCAAUCAACCACUUCGGAUUAUAAUAGCUAGGAAUAUUAGUUCUCCAAUCAAAAUCUCUGCUCUCACAGUGGAACCCACAGAUAAGCUAAUGGUCUUUGCAGACAAGGAGACAUCGGUAGAACUAGAGAGAGCUCAAACAGGCAUCGAAACAGUGGUGUUUGAUCAAAUAAGGUUAAGUGCUAUUUUGGAAUACUGUAACUCUCAAGGAAUGUGUAGUGUUUUGUUCGACUUAAAAGGAAAUGUUAGUGAUUUUGAAGAGUUUCUCCGAGAUGGUAUUGAGCAGAAUUUGCUGCAAAAAAUUGUGGUAGAAGUAUUGCCGCUGUGGGAUGAAAAUGAUGUCGGGAACUUUCCUGUUGCAUUGAAGGAUCUGAGCAAAAGACUGAAAGUGGAGAAUUUGCAGCCUAAGAUUUCAAAUGAGAGUGUUGUGCUUGAGGGGUAUCUGUAAUGUCAGUGACUAGAACACAAAAAGAGAUUUGACAUGAUCAUUUUUGUGCCGAUGCCGGAGAGAAAUACAAGGAUUUUACAAUAUUCGGGAAGAGGGUACGGACGGAGGCCAAGUUCGUUUUCAAUAUGAAAUCUGUUAAUUUUUCUGCGCAAAGGAUGGGUAUUCAUAACAAUCUUGUACUUGGUUGCCAUCUUUUCGAGAUUGGAGGGCUGCUGUAUUACAGGAGCCAAGAGGCCGUUUAUUAGUGAGAUCCUACCGACUUUGCAUUAUUUUGGUAACAGUUUCGCAGGCAAUUACAAAACAAAAACACUCAUAGAAUGAAGCCUACACGAUCGCAACAGGUAGAUUACCAUUACGAAGGAUCACCCAGUUUACAAUUAGCAAUUUUCAAAAUGUUUAAGACAUGUGCAAAACUGUAUUUGGUUCUUUAAUUUUUCACAAAUUAACAUGAAA